AAAAAAAAUUAAUAAUUAUGAAAGAGAGGAUGUAGGAAACGUGAGCGAAGAAGAAUCGGACUCAUCCGAGCCCGAGCCCGAGCCUGAGCCUGAGCCUGAAUUAGGGUUCUGCCUGCAGUGGGAUUGAGAAGAGUCGGGAGCUGAGCUGAGAGCACUGAGCUGAAGAGUGAUUUCUUUUGAAGGAGAAGCCCGCUUGCCAUGGGAGAAGGUUCGUCGGCGAAUUCGUCUUUCUUCAGGGAGCACUGGGAGGGGUGGAAGGACUUCUGGGCGGAGAGGUUCUCCUUCCUCGAUAACUACUCCAGGUUCGUCAAGCGCGACAAGCCCCUCCCUUCCUGGUCCGCCUCCGACGUCGAGGAUUUCAUCGCCUCAGACCCCGUCCAUGGCCCCGCUCUGAAGACGGCUAGGGAAGCAGCGAACUUUGCUGCUGUGGGAAGUAUCAUUGGGGCUGUCUCGACAGCUGGGUUUGCCUGGAAGUACUCCAAGAGUUUACAUGGUGCUGGGUUGUCCUUUGCUGCAGGGGCAGUGUUUGGCUGGACAUUCGGGCAGGAAUUUGCCAACCACAGGUUCCAGCUUUACAGACUCGAUACUAAGGCUGCCCAAGUGAAGUUCAUGGAGUGGUGGGAGAAGAAAGCUGGAGGGCAGUAGAUUCAUUACCAGAAAGAAUGCAAUUAAGAAUGUCUCCAAACCAUGCCUUUUCUUUUACAAUAAGAUGCAUGAUGAAUGAGCCUCCCUUUGCUUCAAUACAUUGUGUUGGUCAAUUUUCGUUUUUAAUUGAAUUGAUCCUGUAUUUUGCGGUUGAGGUAACGAAUUGAUACUGAUUGCUUAUUCUACCGCUGCUUUCGGUUACGGGUGCUCAUGCUGAGACUUUCUUACGGGCAGGGUACCUGAAUAAAUUUCUCUGUUAGAUAAGCUCUUUUUUCC